AAAAGUAAAAAAGAACACAAAUGCCAAGUAUCGGGCUUCGGUGGAAGCUUCAAAUAGACGAACAGAUGUCUGCAUCGAAAUCUUCUUUAAUUGAAAAAUUUGCAUUCUUAUGAUGGGUGCAUACGUAUAGUUUAUAAAAUCUUUCAUGCACACUGCAAGUGGCAUGACGAGCUGUGGGUGUGUUGUUUGAUAAAUUUAGUUCGCUAUUAAACUUUGUCUGUUCAAUAUAUUUAUAUGUAACGUUUCAUUUUUUAUAAAUUUUUGGAAUUUUAGUUGGGAAUUAGAUAGAUGGACAGACAGAAAGUCUAUGUACAUUAGAUAUGCAAUUCCCGAUGCGAUUGACAAUUGUAGCAUUCGCGGCAAAUUUCAAUUUUAUUACGUCAUUUUUUACGAAUUCUAUGAGAAUUCUGAUAAUAAGUUCAAUUCUUUUAAAAUUUCAAGUUCAACGAUUUCAAGGACUGACAGGAUGCAGGAUGUUCCUCUCUAACGAAAAGUGUUUCAUAUUAUUUUUCGAAACUGAAAAUCCUUUGUUUACAACGUACAGCGACUUUGGCAAGUGGCUUGAAAAGUGUGAUCGAAAUUUUUCUUCGCCAGCAACAGCAAUUUCUUCGUGCUUUAAGCACGACAAUCCUGAACACAUUGCACUUUCAAAAAGAGUUACCGGCGCACCUCUUCACCUAGAGAAAUCGAUUUCAUCUUAUGUGUCCGAAGGUCACUGUGACGUACUCUUAAAUAUACUGUAUUAUUAUUGGUAAGAAGAAGAAGAAGAAGAAAAAGAAGAACAAUUAAGUAAGUAAAGGAGCUCAAAGGGCAGUAAAUAGAUUCAACUAUUCGGUCGUUUUUAUAACGGGGUGAUAAGACGGAAACGCCUUAAAUCACAUCGCCACCAAUUAAUCCACCACACGUACGCAAGCAUACCCUAUAUAUUAUUAGAUAUUAAAAGCAAAGUAAAAACAAAUCAAGGAAGAAAGAAAAUAGCUCAAGUUGUAGCCAAAUUAUAUAAAGAAACAACAAGUUGAGAGCAAUAAAGAAUUAAGAAGAAGAAUAAGAAGAAGAAAACGAAAUUAAAUUUCCUUAUACGUUCGACGUUAGAGAGAUUAUAGAGGGAAAAUUCAUUAUAUAUAUAUAUAUAUCAAGAAUAAUUGAAACAAAAUAAAAGAGAUUAUUAUGUCUUCGUCGGCAACACAACAGCAUCCACCAAGUCAAAAUCAAAAGUCUCCGCACCAUCAGGGAUCGGCGACAACUAAUAAUAAUAACGGUACACAUGACAAGUCAGCAACCGCUAACAAAACAGGCACUGCUACUGGCAGUGCAGGUGGUGGCGGCGGUGGAGGCGGGACUAAUGCUCAUCAAAGUCCCACCAAGAAACCACCUUUAAAUACCAAAGAGCGCGUCAUCGAUAGUGUACCCUUUCCGCCGGCACGUAAAUUAACAGUAAACGAUGUAUUUGAUGCGCGCACUGGUAAACCGCAUCAUGAUGUACUUAAACAGCAUUUUAUAUUGGAGGGUCGUAUAGAGGAAGCAGCUGCCUUGCGUAUUAUACAUGAGGGUGCAGCACUAUUACGUCAGGAGAAAACUAUGAUCGAUAUCGAAGCCCCGGUCACCGUAUGCGGUGAUAUACACGGUCAGUUUUAUGAUUUGAUGAAACUUUUUGAAAUCGGUGGCUCACCGGCCAGCACGAAAUAUCUAUUUUUGGGUGAUUACGUGGAUCGGGGCUAUUUUAGCAUUGAAUGCGUUUUAUAUCUUUGGUCGCUGAAGAUUACUUAUCCAAAUACAUUAUUUUUAUUGCGCGGCAAUCAUGAGUGUCGCCAUCUAACGGAGUAUUUUACGUUUAAGCAAGAGUGCAAAAUUAAGUACUCGGAACGCGUUUAUGAUGCCUGUAUGGAUGCAUUCGAUUGCUUGCCGCUGGCGGCUCUAAUGAAUCAGCAAUUUCUAUGUGUACAUGGUGGAUUAUCGCCUGAGGUGCAUGAAUUGGAAGAUAUAAGGCGUUUAGAUCGUUUCAAAGAACCGCCCGCAUUUGGGCCAAUGUGCGAUUUGUUAUGGUCGGAUCCGCUAGAAGAUUUCGGUAAUGAGAAAAAUUCGGACUUUUAUACGCACAAUUCGGUGCGCGGGUGUUCGUACUUUUACAGUUACGCGGCUUGUUGCGAUUUCCUGCAGAACAACAAUCUGCUUUCCAUAAUAAGGGCUCACGAGGCGCAGGACGCCGGCUAUCGUAUGUACCGCAAAAGCCAAACCACCGGCUUCCCUUCAUUGAUAACGAUAUUUUCGGCACCCAACUAUUUAGAUGUGUAUAAUAAUAAGGCGGCCGUGCUCAAAUAUGAGAACAAUGUCAUGAAUAUACGUCAGUUUAAUUGUUCACCUCAUCCGUAUUGGCUUCCCAAUUUUAUGGAUGUGUUCACCUGGUCAUUACCGUUUGUGGGCGAGAAAGUUACGGAAAUGUUAGUUAAUGUCUUGAACAUAUGCUCAGACGAUGAACUUAUGACCGAAGAAAACGAGGAGCCAGGCUCUGAUGAUGAGGCGGCUUUGCGUAAGGAAGUUAUACGCAAUAAGAUACGAGCCAUUGGCAAAAUGGCACGUGUCUUCUCAGUAUUGCGCGAGGAAUCCGAAUCAGUGCUACAGCUCAAAGGUCUCACACCUACCGGGGCGUUACCUUUGGGUGCGCUAUCCGGCGGCAAACAAUCCUUGAAAAAUGCCAUGCAAGGCUUUUCGCCAAAUCAUAAGAUCACCUCAUUUGCCGAGGCCAAAGGUUUGGAUGCGGUCAAUGAACGUAUGCCACCGAGACGAGAUGCCACACCCUCACCCUCCGAGGAGGAUCAAAAGUCAUUGUCACAGGCAGCAGCUGCCACGGCCAAUGCCAACGCCAAUGCAAAUGCCAAUGCAAAUGCAAUCAAUGGAUAAUUCUAAGUCAAUAAAUAUCUUACUAUACGGUUAACAAGUACAUUUUGUUAGUUUACGAUUUAAAAGCAAACUGAAUGCCAGAGCAAAACCAAAAAAAGAAAAGAAAAACAAAAAAAAAAAAAAAAAAAAAAAAAACAAGAAAU